AUGCUGGACAAUCACGGACAGCCCCAUCCUGUGGAUAUACCUAUUACGGACCUUGAUGAGGCGGACGAUGUUAUAUUUAAUCAGCAAUUACAGGAAGAGUCCAGUAUGACUCGAGAUGAUGAUAGUGCUAAAUCAAUUGAUAAUUUGGAUUAUGAAUUUGUUGAUAGUUUCAAUAGGCAAGAUUCGUUGAUGGCACGUCUAGCAUCAUACUUCAAGCCUUCUAAGUCUAAUUAUUUGAGAAAUUAUGAAAUGCUCAAUGCUGACGACACAGAAAUCGAUGAAAUCAGAGAUAGACGUUCGAUUCAGGAUGGUAGACAAGGGAGGGCUUUAAGAGAUUACAAAAUCGAUCUUUUAUACAAUAGGAUCAAGAAGUCAAUUGCAAUGGGUAUUGCGACGAUUUUAAUUUUGAUGAUUAUUGCAUUUUGUUUCUCUAGAGCAAAUAAGGAUUCGUUGAUGAACUCAAAAUCAAACAAUAAGAGAGUCUUGUCGAAUUCAACCAACGAUUUCUAUCCUACUACCGUAGUCAUAUCAUUAGACGGGUUCCAUCCUCAUUAUAUUAAUCCACUAUUAACCCCAACUUUACAUGAAAUGAUGCUUAAUGAUUACGGUGCUCCGUACAUGAUCCCUUCAUUUCCAUCUUCUACUUUCCCUAACCAUUGGACAUUGGUAACAGGAUUAUACCCAUCUGAGCAUGGCAUUGUUGGGAACACAUUUUUCGAUCCAAAACUAAACAAGCAGUUUGUUAAUACUAACCCAAAGCAAGGGGGAUUGGAUCCAGAUUUUUGGCAAGGUGGUGAGCCUAUAUGGUCAACAGCAUUUAAACAGGGAGUAAAGUCCGCAAUACAUAUGUGGCCAGGAAGUGAGGUAAAUGGCGUAGGGAUUGGAGGGGGUCCACUAGAAGUGGAUAGAUAUAAUGGCUCGGAAGUUUUAUCUUCAAAAGUUUAUCGUGUCAUGAAUUGGCUAGAUAAGGAAGACAUUGAAUUGAGACCUGAAUUAAUUUUAACUUAUGUACCUACUAUUGAUCAAUUUGGUCAUAAGUUUGGAAUUAAUGGUACGGAGCUUAAGAAAGCAUUGACAUACGUAGAUGACUUCGUGGAUUUGAUGCAAAUGGAGUUGAAGAAAAGAAAUUUAAAUGACAUCGUGAAUUUGAUUAUAGUUAGUGACCAUGGCAUGGCACCAACAUCCAAUAAUAGACUUAUCUAUUUAGAUGAUGUGAUUGACUUAAAAAUGAUCGAGCAUGUGGACGGUUGGCCGCUUUUUGGUUUACGACCAUUACCCGAAUAUUCUAUAGACGAUAUUCAAAAUGAGAUAAUGAAGAAUAUUGAAAAGAUCGAUCCUCAAUUAAGAGAUCAUUAUAGUAUACUUAGAACUGAUGGGAUGCCAAAAGAAUGGCAGUUUGGUGGAAAAGAAAUUGAACAUAAAUUCAAUUAUAGAUUAGCUCCAAUAUGGAUAAUCCCGGAUGUUGGUUAUGUUGUCACUACAAAGAAACAAAUGGAAGACAGCAAUUUUGAUUAUAGGCCAAAAGGUGUACAUGGAUACAAUAACACAGAGUUAUUAAUGAGAGCCUUGUUUUUGGGUAGCGGUCCAUAUUUCCGUGAAAAGUUACCAGAAUCUCAUUAUAACAAUAAAAUAAAACCCUUCCCUAAUACUGAAGUAUAUAAUUUAAUUUGUGAUACCUUGGAUUUAAUACCUGCCCCUAAUAAUGGUACCUUUCCAACUGACUCGGUGAGUACAUUGUUGUCCACUUCGAAUUUGUUACCCUAUGAUUGGACUGAUCAACUACAAUAUCCAAACUUGCCGUUUGAAGUCGAUCAUGUUGUUCAGGACGCUACGUAUGAUCUCUUGUGGAAAAAGCCAAAUAGAGAAAAGCCUACUACAAUUUCGAUUAGUACUAAUUUGCGCCCGUACGAGUCGUUAGUUUCUGAGGAAUCUCUGUUAUCUUCAAUGGAUAUUGAAAUGAUUCCAAAGCCUACUGAUCUUUUUGAUUCAGAACCAACAAAUUCUCACGAAGAAACUGCUCAUGAUUUAUGGGAGGAAAUAGAUGAAAAGCUUGAAGAUAUUCAGGAUAAGAUUGGUGAAUCAAUAGAAGAUACCAUGGAGAAAGUGGAUGAUUGGAUUCAUAAAGCUAUUGGGAAUGACAAGAAAGCGGAUGAUAAAUAG